AUGAGUGCCCCCUCCAGCAUCGCUCACUGGAACGUCAGCUUGGACUGGUCGGAGGAGGAGCAGCGGGCGCUGGAGACCGGCCUGGCCCGCUUCCCGCCCACCCAGGGCAGCCCCCUGGCGCAGUACGUGCGCAUCGCCCUGGCGCUUCCACGAAAGUCGGUGCGGGAGGUGGCGCUGCGUGCUCGCUGGACCAAGCAGGCGGCCCUGCUGAAGAAGCGACGCACGGAGGAGCUGGAGAGCGGGGAGAGCGCCGCGAAGCGACCCCUCCUGCACAACCCCCUCCUGCAGGUGCCCCAACCCUCCAUGCCCAACUGGCCGGGGUCGAUGGGGGGCCUGGGCCCAAUCAUGAUGCCCUCCCACCCGGGCCCUGUGCCGGCCAGCGCCGCGCCCGCCCCGCCCCCGGCGCAGGAAAGGGCGACGCCGGCGCCGGGUCCGGGCCGUGGCGGGGCGAGCCUGGGGUCGCUGCUGGAGGCCAACCUGGCCCUGCUCCAGCAGUUCAAGGGCAACAUGACUCAUUUUCGGGUGCAUGACAACACCAGGCUGCUGGUCCAGUUCCGGGACAACAUCCUGGCGGUGAUCAAGCAGAUGGAGAGCAUGGACGGCGUGAUGGCCCAGAUGCCGCAGCUGCCCGUCCGGUUGAAUGUGGACCUGGCCAACAACUUUCUGCCCUCGCAGCCGCUGGGCCUAGUUCCCGCGCUGUCAGACCCCGCCAGCCUGACGCACCCCUCCCCCGCCAGCCUGACGCACCCCUCCCCCGCCAGCGAGGGCCCUGGCAUGGUCCCGUUGGGCAACGGCUCAGCCGCCCAUGCCCCGCCUGCAAGCGGCGGGGGCGUCGCGAUUAAGAGGGAGGCGGAGACGGGGACCCCAAAUGGGGUCGCUGGUCUGCAGGCCCGGCCGCGGGUGGAGGCGGUGAAGGCCGAGCCGACCGGCGGCGGGGCUGCACAGCCCACCGCCUUGGCAAUGGCAGAUGCCGAUCCCUGA